AUAAUUUAAUAUUCAGAUAGAUAUGGGUGUGCAUUUCUCACCUAAUUUUCAAUUAGAUCCUCACGCCAAAUGCCAGACUCAGGCUCAGUCGUCAUACCCAUUUCUCACGCGCUUGUUGCUGUAAAUAUCCACAGUUCAUUUAUAGUCUAGGAACAGGGAAAGCACGUCUUGCGGUGGAAACUGAAAAAAUAAAUCCCAAUAUUAAUCAAUUCCAUAUAAUUUAACAAUUUUUAAGCAAUACCAUCAACUAAUCAUUAUUUUUCAAUCAGUCGAUCACACGAAUAUAUUAAAAAGAGUGCUUACAUUUGGUGCAUCGACUGAGUGGGUGGAGCACCGUCCACGUAGGUAUAUUUCUUGACGAGACUUUAUUUAACCGGAUCCACUUAUCUUCGAAGGUUCACUCCUUAAAUAGUUUAUAUUAGAUUUAAAUUCACUUUAAAUCAUCGUUUAACACACCUGUUAUCGUUCUGAUCAGAGCUCACUAGAUCAGGAGGGUAUUUGUUUCCUGGUUUGAGAAUAUUCGGCUCUCACCCCAGGUUUAGCAUACACCUCUUCAGCUCCAAACUAACAGGUUGUCAACUCCCGGGUUGAGAACAACAAUCUCCCCUCAAUAUCAACACUCUCCUUCAAGUCCUGAAUACGUUAGAGUAGAGAAUAGUCAAGAUUGCGAGUACCGUGUACAGCAACGGUACAGCAGUAUACGAGAUAUAACACACCUGUGAAUAACUCAUUACUGCAAUAACAGGACAGCUUCAUGAUCACAGGUCCAGAGAGCACAGCGUCUCCUUCUUAUCCAGGUUAAACCAGGAUUAUAUAGUACCAGUACAAUCUUCUUCCGUCGAGGUACAGGUACAGCAGUAGCUCCAGAACUACCGUUUGUAGUACAGUCUUCUUGUACAAGUGUCAGAACAACACCUGUCUUCCUUCUCUCAAACCAGUCAGCUAGGGUCAGGAUGCAACGAUAUUGUCCUCAGCUCCUGAACAGGGGUAUAUAUUGUCGAUGCACCGGGGAGGGAUGAGAUCAGGGUACAACAACGUGUACACUGUUCCCAUGUACAAGUAAUACAGUACGUUAAGGAAUGUACAGUAUUAUAAUAUUUCUCAAACCUUUUGUUUAUAUCGUAGAGAAUUUAUUCGGAUUUGCAUUCAAACAUGACCAUAUUGUUUGGUCUGAAAAAAGGCUUCUAAUUAAAUAUUUUUAAUGAAUGUUUCUGAGUAAAUAUGUUUAUAUACAUACAUGGUUACAGUUUUAAGAUUGAUGGUAUUGCACGUGCUUCCUUUUAUAUAUAUAUAUAUAUUUUUUAAUUCUUUUUACCUUAAUUUUUUAGAUAAAACUUUCAGUUAUAAAAUAAAAUUAGGCUAAAUAUGCUUUCAAUCAACAGGGUAAAAUGUUCGUUGAACAUGGCUAAAUAUGGGCUAAAAUUAGGGUUAAAUAGAAAAUACUUCAUAUCUUCUGCAGCUUGAAGAUGAAGAUUGAUGAUUAGGUGUGGAUCCAGCUCUUGUUGCAGUUCAAGGUUUAUGUGAGCACAUGGUUCGUCACUUCCUAAAUAGGGCUUUAGAUAUAGGUUUUACAAUGGGGUCUUUGUUGAUGGCCUUGGAAAAGUCCUAUGUUUUCUGGUUGCACAGUUUACAAUUUGAGCCAGACCAAUUUAUUGUAAUUUCUUCUGGGAAAAAUAUAAUUAAAUAUUUAUUUAUUUUUGCUCCAAAUUGUGAAUAAAAUAUUUUUUGACUGGGUUCUGACGUUCGAUUUUUUAUGUUGAACCCUAAUUAUGUUAGAACCAGGAUACAUAAAAGGCUCUUAUUAAAUCUUAUUUUGCGGAUGUAUUCUUAAUCAUCAUUAUCUUGAUAUUUUCUCCAAGAAUAUAUUAGUGUUCACUGUGUAGCUCCGAAAAAGUGUAAAGAAAAAAUAAAUUCUUUACAGAAAAUUGUUUAAAGGUUUUCUAUCCUGCUGUUUAAUUAAAAAUUAGUUUUAGUAAAACUAAAAUGUUGUCAGAGUUCGAAGGAAAUAAAUACCUUUUGAUGAUGAUUGUAAAUUGUAAAACUAAGAUAAAAAGGAAAUGUUUUUUGAUUAAUUAUUCAUUUCAGAGAAAUGUUUUCCACUAAAAGAUCCAGUGAAACAACGCAGAAUUUAUUCAAGGAGAAAUACCAGACCUUCAUCGAAUUUGAAAGUUUCAGUUUCUCGGAAAAUUAUUGGAAAUUCACAGAGUUUCUUGCAGAGUGGCAAUCAAGAUUGAAAACCUGUCAAGAAAUAGGCCUAGAGUAUACCGAUCUACUUCUCGCUCUCAAAUUAAUAAAAAGUUUGAGCAUCAGCGAGGAAGCGCAAGAUUUCGUGUUUGCCGCGCUACGAGCUCAGACUGAUCCUCUAGAUGAUAUUCUCCUGCAGACCAUGGUCUGCUUAACAGGGUUGUACGGCAAAAGUGAAAACACGGAACUAGAAAUUAAAGUAGAAAGCUUUGAGGAAGCAAAUGCCAAUGAAGAUUUAAAGUCAACGAACCUAACUUUGAAUACUGAGAGACUGUCAUUUGGCGACAAUGACUAUGAAGAUAUGGUUUUAGAACAAGAAUACGAUGAAUAUAGUGAAUGCAAUACAGACCUUGAAACCACCCUACCCUCACAAAAUAAAGUAAAAUGUGAAGAUAAAAACCUUCUGGACAAUUACAGAAAGACUCGGGAAGGAGAAAAGUCUAAAAUCGAUGAAACUCCUCUGGAAAGUUUUCAAUGUUCUUUGUGCUUUAAAAUAGUUGAAAGUAAAUUUAAGCUAACAAGACAUGUAAGAUGGGUUCAUAAGAAAAACCUAAAAUGUGACAAGUGUGAUAAAUUAUUUUACAAUAAAAUACAUUUGAAUAAACAUUUAGAGGUACAUAGAAGAAGGGAACUGUCGGGAAGAGGGGAGCUUCCGAAAGAUUUAAAAGAUCUCCAAUGUGAAAAGUGUGGAAAUCAUUCAGAAACAGCGAGAAAGUUUAGACAGCAUAUGAGAACUCACUAUCAGUUUUCUUGCAGUGAUUGUAAUUGUAGACCUUUUUUGACCCAGGAUAAUUUACAGAAGCAUAUUGAGCAGCAUAAACAUAUUCCCUGUGACAUUUGCGGAAAAGUGUUCACACAACAGAGUAGGUUGACAGAACAUAUGAAAACUGCAAGUCAUGGAGCAGAUAAAAGCUUAGCUUGUGAUAUUUGUGGGAAAGUUUUCUACAACAAUUCAAAUUUAUUGAGCCAUCAGAAGAUUCACAGUGAGAGGAAGCAUGUGUGCCAAGUGGAGGGUUGUGAUAAAGCUUUUAUCAGGAACAGUUUACUCAAUAGACACAUGAUAACUCAUACAGGUGAAAAAUCAUUUAAAUGUGAGGUAUGUGGAAAGAUGUUUGGAACAAAGUAUAGAUUGAAGGAGCACAAGGAGCGACAUGCUGGCCUAAAAAAGCAUCCAUGCACUAUUUGUGAAAAAGCAUUUUUUAACAAAGACAAACUAAAUAGACACAUGAGAAUUCACACUGGAGAGCGUCCCUUUCAAUGUGAUAAAUGUCCUAAAUCGUUUAUUCAGAGUAAAGAUUUAAAAAAGCAUAUUUCUUCUCAUGAUAAGGUGGAGAAGUACAGAUAUCUGUGGAACCUAUUUCAAGAGUUUGAGAACUUUGCCUUUAACGAGGCGAUGAGCUCCUUCAGUCAGCAUGUUGCAGAGUGGAAGAGAAGGCGGGAAGAACUUGAUGAUCUGGGUAUCCACUAUGAUAACCGCGUGCUAGCGUUCAAAUUACUGAAAAGCUUAAACCUGAGCACUGAAGCACUGCUAGCUGUGUUUGCUGGGCUGAAGCUGGAUAGUCAGGAUUUACAUCCCAUCAAAGAGGAAGUGAAUAUCGAGGAGAAUGAUGAAGAAUUCAAAACAAGAAUUGGCUCAGAAUCUGCUUGUAAUAUCUGCCCCAAGAAGUUUGACUCUAACGACGAUUUGACGAAUCACAUGAAAACUGCACACAAGAAACUGAACAAAUGUGAACAACUGGAUACACACAUAGAGAAUCAUAAGAAGUACCCAUGUGAUCAGUGUGACAAAAAAAGCCAACACGAGAAGAAACGGUAUGUGUGUCCUGUCGAGGGCUGCAGUAAGGAGUUUGUUAUUAAGAGUUUACUUGACAAACAUAAUCUUACACACACAGGGGAGAAAGCAUUUGAAUGUGAAGAGUGUGGGAAAUGUUAUGCAACUAAAUAUAAACUAGGAGAACACAAGAGAGGGUUCCACUUGAAAGAGAAGAGACAUCAGUGUCCAUCGUGUGAAAAAGGAUUCUUUCAAAAAGAGAAACUAACGAGACACAUGAGAAUCCAUACCGGAGAACGACCCUACCAAUGUGACGUGUGUAACAAAACCUUCGUGCAAUCCAAAGACUGGAAAAUUCAUGUGAAAAAACAUUAAGUAGACUUUAUAAGGGCAUUUUAGCCUUGUUUUAGUGGUUGGCUCAAAAUAUGAAAUUGGGUAUUUUGUAUUUGUGUACACUGUACAUUGUACAUGCAAAAGAAACGUCAUAGGUUUUUUUUGUUAUUUGUAGAUUGUACAAUUUUGUUUAAACAUUGUAUAACAUACGUAAUAUUCUUGUAAUUAUGUUGCAUUUCAAUAAAUAAAAUAAACUAGAACUUCACAA